UCCGUCCUUCCCGCAGCGGCCGCGGCGCGCAGGGCACUUGGGUUAGUGGCGCGGCGGGCGGCGCGGACAGCCGAGCCGGACGCCCGCUCCCGCCGCCAUGGUCAUCAAAACGGACGAGUUACCGGCGGCCGCCCCGGCCGACAGCGCUCGGGAGCCCAGCUCUCAGGCCGGUGGCAAAGGGCGGCCAGGCGCGGCCGAGCUGCCGUCAGUCAUGCUACUUAAUGGGGACGGCCCGGAGAGUCUGAAGAAGGAAGACGGAGCUGCUGAGGUGCCCCGGGAAAAUGGACUGGAUGAGGCGGAGCCAGGGGAGGAGACCACUGGGCAGGAAGUCAUUGUCAUUCAGGACACCGGCUUUUCUGUGAAGAUCCUGGCACCGGGUAUUGAGCCUUUCUCCCUCCAGGUUUCCCCCCAGGAGAUGGUGCAGGAAAUCCAUCAGGUACUCAUGGACCGGGAGGACACUUGUCACCGCACCUGCUUCUCGCUGCACCUGGAUGGCAACAUGCUGGACCACUUCUCAGAGCUCCGCAGUGUGGAGGGGCUACAGGAGGGCUCAGUGCUGCGUGUGGUGGAAGAGCCGUACACAGUGCGAGAGGCCCGCAUCCACGUGCGCCACGUCCGAGACCUGCUCAAGAGCUUGGACCCAUCAGAUGCCUUCAAUGGCGUUGACUGCAACUCCUUGUCUUUCCUGAGUGUCUUCACUGACGGUGACCUGGGAGACAGCGGGAAGCGGAAGAAGGGCUUGGAGAUGGAUCCCAUCGACUGCACACCACCUGAGUACAUCCUUCCAGGGAGCCGGGAGCGGCCUUUAUGCCCCCUGCAGCCCCAGAACCGUGACUGGAAGCCACUACAGUGCCUGAAAGUACUCACCAUGAGUGGCUGGAACCCACCUCCAGGGAACCGCAAGAUGCACGGGGACCUCAUGUACCUGUUUGUGAUCACCGCUGAGGACCGGCAAGUCAGCAUCACGGCUUCCACACGGGGCUUUUACUUGAACCAGUCCACAGCGUAUCACUUCAACCCCAAGCCUGCCAGCCCCCGCUUCCUCAGCCAUUCCCUGGUGGAGCUGCUCAACCAGAUCAGCACGACCUUCAAAAAAAACUUUGCUGUGCUGCAGAAGAAAAGGGUCCAGCGCCACCCAUUCGAGAGGAUCGCCACCCCGUUCCAGGUGUACAGCUGGACGGCCCCCCAAGCGGAGCAUGCCAUGGACUGCGUGCGUGCAGAGGACGCCUACACCUCGCGGCUGGGCUACGAGGAGCACAUUCCUGGACAGACGCGGGACUGGAAUGAGGAGCUGCAGACGACAAGGGAGCUGCCCCGAAAGAACCUGCCAGAACGUCUGCUUCGAGAAAGAGCCAUAUUCAAGGUGCACAGCGACUUCACGGCCGCAGCCACGCGGGGGGCCAUGGCCGUCAUCGAUGGCAACGUGAUGGCCAUCAACCCCAGCGAGGAGACCAAGAUGCAGAUGUUCAUCUGGAACAAUAUCUUCUUCAGCUUGGGCUUUGAUGUCCGUGACCACUACAAGGACUUUGGUGGCGACGUGGCGGCCUACGUGGCGCCCACCAACGACCUGAAUGGCGUGCGCACGUACAACGCCGUGGACGUGGAGGGGCUGUACACCCUGGGCACUGUGGUGGUGGAUUACCGUGGCUACCGGGUCACCGCGCAGUCCAUCAUCCCGGGCAUCCUGGAGCGGGACCAGGAGCAGAGCGUCAUCUAUGGCUCCAUUGACUUUGGCAAGACGGUGGUGACGCACCCACGGUACCUGGAGCUGCUGGAGCGCACGAGCCGGCCCCUCAAGAUCCUGCGCCAUCGGGUGCUCAACGACCGCGACGAGGAGGUGGAGCUCUGCUCCUCCGUGGAGUGCAAGGGCAUCAUCGGCAACGACGGGCGCCACUACAUCCUGGACCUGCUGCGCACCUUCCCGCCUGACCUCAACUUCCUGCCCGUGCCCGGGGAGACGCUGCCUGAGGAGUGCACCCGCGCCGGCUUCCCCCGCACCCACCGGCACAAGCUCUGCUGCCUGCGCCAGGAGCUGGUGGACGCCUUCGUGGAGCACCGGUAUCUCCUCUUCAUGAAGCUGGCGGCCCUGCAGCUGAUGCAGCAGAAAGCCGGCAAGAUGGAGACGCUCACCUCACUGGAAAAUGGUGAAUCUCCUCCCCUGGUAUCCAAGCCUGAAGAUCCUGCAGGACCUGAGGCAGGAAAUGAGGAGGAGGGGAGCAGUGCUAGUGGCCUGGCCAAGGUGAAGGAGCUGGCAGAGACCAUCGCCUCGGACGACGGCACAGCAGACCCCCGAAGCCGGGAGGUGAUUCGUAACGCGUGCAAGGCAGUGGGCUCCAUCAGCAGCACGGCCUUUGACGUCCGCUUCAACCCUGACAUCUUUUCUCCAGGGGUUCGCUUCCCGGAGUCCUGCCAGGAGGAAGUUCGGGACCAGAAGCAACUGCUGAAAGAUGCUGCUGCCUUCCUGCUCUCCUGCCAGAUUCCUGGCUUGGUGAAGGACUGCAUAGACCAUGCGGUGCUGCCUAUGGAUGGCGCCACGCUGGCUGAGGUGAUGCGCCAGCGAGGCAUCAACAUGCGUUACCUGGGCAAGGUGCUGGACUUGGUGCUCCGGAGCCCUGCCCGUGACCAGCUGGACCACGUCUACAAAAUUGGCAUUGGAGAACUUAUCACCCGCUCUGCCAAGCACAUCUUCAAGACGUACUUACAGGGAGUGGAGCUCUCGGGCCUCUCGGCCGCCAUCAGCCACUUCCUGAACUGCUUCCUGAGCUCCUACCCCAACCCUGUGGCCCACCUGCCUGCUGAUGAGCUGGUGUCUAAGAAGAGGAACAGGAGGAGGAGAAACCGGCCCCCAGGAGCAGCAGAUAACACAGCCUGGGCAGUCAUGACUCCCCAGGAGCUUUGGAAGAACAUUUGCCAGGAGGCUAAGAACUACUUUGACUUUAGCCUCCAGUGUGAGAGUGUGGACCAGGCUGUGGAGACCUACGGCCUACAGAAGAUAACGCUGCUGCGGGAGAUCUCCCUGAAGACCGGCAUACAGAUCCUGCUGAAGGAAUACAGCUUUGACAGCCGCCACAAGCCUGCCUUCACCGAGGAGGAUGUGCUCAACAUCUUCCCCGUGGUCAAGCACGUCAACCCCAAGGCCUCGGAUGCCUUCCACUUCUUCCAGAGCGGGCAGGCCAAAGUACAGCAGGGCUUCCUGAAGGAGGGCUGCGAGCUCAUCAAUGAGGCCCUGAACCUGUUUAACAACGUGUACGGAGCCAUGCACGUGGAGAUCUGCGCCUGCUUGCGCCUCCUUGCUCGUCUCCACUACAUUAUGGGUGACUACGCCGAGGCUUUGAGUAACCAGCAAAAGGCAGUGCUGAUGAGCGAGCGAGUGAUGGGCAUCGAGCACCCCAAUACCAUCCAGGAAUACAUGCACCUGGCCUUGUACUGCUUCGCCAGCAGCCAGCUGUCCACGGCCCUGAGCCUGCUAUACCGCGCCCGCUACCUCACACUGCUCGUGUUCGGGGAAGACCACCCUGAGAUGGCACUGCUGGAUAAUAACAUCGGGCUGGUGCUGCAUGGAGUGAUGGAGUAUGACCUGUCACUGCGCUUCCUAGAGAACGCGCUGGCCGUCAGCACCAAAUAUCACGGGCCCAAGUCCCUCAAGGUGGCCCUCAGCCACCACCUUGUUGCCCGGGUCUACGAGAGCAAAGCUGAGUUCCGGUCAGCGCUGCAGCAUGAGAAGGAAGGUUACACCAUCUACAAGACCCAGCUGGGCGAGGACCAUGAGAAGACGAAGGAGAGCUCUGAGUACCUCAAGUGCCUGACACAGCAGGCUGUGGCCCUGCAGCGCACCAUGAAUGAGAUCUACCGCAAUGGCUCUAGUGCCAACAUCCCACCUCUCAAGUUCACAGCCCCCAGCAUGGCCAGUGUCUUGGAACAGCUCAACGUCAUCAACGGCAUCCUCUUCAUUCCUCUCAGCCAAAAAGACUUGGAGAAUCUGAAAGCUGAGGUGGCGCGGCGACACCAGCUCCAGGAGGCCAGCAAAAACAAGGAUAGAGCUGAGGAGCCCAUGGCUACUGAGCCUGAGACCGCGGGGGCCCCAGAGGAAGCAGACUCCCUGCCCAGGGCUGCCAAGGACCCAUCCCUGAGCUUGCAGGGGUAGAAAAGGAGAGACAGAUGGACAGUCAGCUGCCCCAUUACCCAGUGAUCCAGACUCCAGGAGAAGGGGCACGCCCUGCAGAUCGGGAGAGGAAACAAGCCCCCUUCUUCCAAGUUUCCAACCCCAGCCCCACCCCAAAAUCCUCCUUGGACCCCGACCUGGCCUGACUGCCCCCCAUCCCCAAGAAGUUUUUGCACUGGUACAAUGAAUAUAUGAUGCAGAGGCCUAAUUGAAGACACAUGAAUGGAGUAUGUGGGCACCAAUUCCUAACUGGGGGUCAGAAGCCCCCUCAGACCCCCAACCUCAAGCAGGUGUGUGCGAGUGUGUCAUGCCCGUGCGUAUCUUGAGCCGUCCUUCCUAACUUGUACAUAGCCCUGAGUCAGUUCUGAGUGGAUGGUGUGCAGGUGAGACUUCUCAGGUCAUUUGUAUGUUCGACAUUAUGACUGCCGCUUUUGCUGCCACUACCCUUGGGCUCAACUUGGCUUAAAGUCUAGGUUUUAAGCCAAAAAACGGGCGCUUUCCUGUGUCCUGGGGUGGAGAGCCAGAGCUCUGUGGUAUGGCUGAAGAUUGGGGUGCACUUUAGCUUUGUGACAAGAUGAGAGCUGCAGUUGCUUCACUACUCCGUACUGGGCCUGACUGCAGCUGGGGGAGAGUGGGAUUGGCCUUGUUCCCAGCCUCUGCCUGUCUGCCCACUCUUGGACCCAGCAAGAUGUGCUGCCUCACCACUCCCUGCACCCCAGCUGGAGAUAGCCUUUGGGGGGCUAUGGUCUGAAUGUAUCCUCCCAAUUGAACCUGAGCUGCCUAAUGCACAGUGGGGGGGGGGGUGUAUGUGAGGAGCUAGGGGAACCAGGGUUGUAUCAUGGAUUCUCGGGGGUAAAUUACCAGAUAUAGGAGUAAUUGUCACUUGUGGAGCCCAGCUUCCCACCUGGACCUUGCCUCACAAGCACCUUAUACAGAGUAUCUCUGGGGGUGGAGGUGGUGGGACUGUGUUGAAGGUGGUGGCCCCCACAGGCCUGCUACUCCCUCUCCCCCUGCCUGUGCUGCUUCUGUGCCUGCUGUUGGAGCCCUAAUGGGUCUUGGGGGGGCGGGGGGACGUUACCACCCUUGUGAGCAGUAAGGGGAUUGUUCCCGGAAUGGGGCCUCUGCUUGGGGGCUUUGCGGGGAGCUGCUUAUGGGUAUGGUCUGUCCAAGCACCUUGUUUCAAAGGGAGUGGGGUUGAGCUAGCAAGUGAAGCAUCCCCACAGCUGAUCAAGAACUUUUUCUUGUUUUUAAACCAUCACGUCUUCAUUUCACAUUGGAAUAAAGUGAGUUUUUGAAACCUGCUG